AUCACCAGAUUCUCCGACGCAUAUAUUAAGGCAAAGCUUACGGAUCUUUAAAUCACGCAUAACAUUCUUGGAUUUAUCUUUAGUAGCUCCAGCUGGAGUUUCUACGACGGUCUAGAAUAAAAUAUUUUUCAUGGAUUAAAAAAUUUGUAGGCUCAACGUGUGUUUAUAUUGAACACAAAAAAUUUUAUCGUAAUUUUAGAGUUAUUUGACUUUUAAUUGUGGAAAUUUCAGUGUAAUCAACAACUUUAAUAGCUUGUCUCUUAAUUAAUCACCAAUUUAAUUAAUAACUUCUUUAAUAACUCUUAAAAUUUUAAUUUUUUGUUUUAAAUUUCACGAAAUCAAGACUUACAGCUUUCGCCAUUUUUACCGAAAAGACCGAAUCUUAUAAAAAUUGCUUAGUUGUCGACCCUGCACACAAGUGAGCUUUAAAGCUCAAACUUAAAUAUUCUCACCGCAAAAAAAUACAUAAAUUUUAAAUUAUUAAUGUUUCAAACGAUUUUUAAUACAAGUAAAUAUAAAAAUUAAGCUUAUUAUUUAUCAUAUUAAUGUUGUUAAGUAUGUUUAAUGUGGAUCUUUGAGCAUAAAAGAUAAUUGAAAAAAUACUAAUGCGGAGAAUGUUUUUUAUUGCAUUAAAAACGGUUCGAAUAGAAAUCAAGUCACCUCAGAAUAUAUUAAAACCUAGUGAAUAAUAAAGUUUAUAUGAUAAAUUAUACCGAGAAAAUGAGUUUAGAAACAGUCUAAACAGAUUAAUAAUUGUGCUAAGAGCAAUAAUAUACGAGGAAAUAUUAAAAUAAAUUGAAAGAAGUUUGAUAAAAUUCAAAAAAGUGUAAAUUUCAAGCGCGUCAAAGAGAAAGAGUGCAGUAUAAAAACUAUUAAAUGAAGAAAUAAACAAAAACUGACGGAAUAAUAGAUUUAUAUUUUGUUUUGUAAGUAUCCAAAUAAAUUAGAGUAAAAAAUGAGGGAGACAUCUGAUGAGUCUCCUGAAAUAUGGCAAGGAUGGAUAUUGGAUGCAAUAAGAAAAAUAAGAUCACAAAAACAGAGACCGAGUAUUCAGCGAAUAUGUCAAGCAAUCGGCAGUCAUCAUAAGUUUCAUGAGGACAUUGUUGCCGAAAAGUUGGAGCAGGCAGUAGAUGCUGGAGCAGUUAUUAAAGUUUAUAAUAAGGGACUCCACUCUUACAAAUCACCGACAACUUUAGCACAUAAGAAAGUCAUCAAAAUUGAUGGAAAUUCUGAUUUAUCUCGACUUGUUACAAAAGCUGUUCGCGUAUUAGGCGAAAGAGAUGGAUCUAAUUCCAAAAAUAUUGAAAAUUUUGUGCAAAAAGCCAACAACUUGCAAAUCACUGAUAACUUUGAUUUCAAAGUUAUCAUUAAAAAAGCUUUAAAAAUCGCAACAUCAAAAAAUAUGCUUUUGUGUGAUGGAAAAUUGUAUAAACUUGGCCCAAAUGCUGUAACAACAGCAACAGUUACUAAAAGAAGGCGAGCGUCAGGAACACCUUCAAAGAAACGCAAGUCUGAUAAUCAACAAGAUACAACCGACGAUUUUGAUGAUGAUGAUGAAGAUGAUGCUUUAACAUCACCACCACCCCCUUUAAAUGAGUCAUCGACUGAUCUCCGACGUAAACAAGCAUCAUGCUCGAUUUGUCUUGGUACAGAGCUGAAAAAUAGUGCAAAUCUUGCAGAAAACCUUUCAAAUUGUUCUGGCUGUAAAAAUAGUUUUGUACACUCAACAUGUAUUGGCUCAAACAAGCGAUCUCUUGAUCUAAAAAAAUUUAUCCAAAUCGGUAAUAAGUGGUAUUGUAAGGAAUGCCGGCGAUGUAACAAUUGUAAAUCCAAUACUGAAUUCUUGUUAAUUAAUUGUGGUAAAUGUAACAAAUGUUUUCAUCUAAAUUGCGAUGCAAACAAAAACUAUAAACUUCUUUGGAGGUGUUCUGAAUGUUCGAGUGAUAAAAAGUCGGAGAGUUUAGUGACACCUUUAAACAGCACAGAUCAGCAAACUAAAUUAAAAUCUGGAAAGCUCAAUAGAAACAAUAAAAAAGGAGAGGAUGUGUCAGAGGAAGCCUCAAAGUCAUCAAAACGAAAAUCUAGCUUACCUGAGUCUGCACAAAAACCAAGCACUUCUAAAGCCUUAGGUAGACCACGUGGACAUCCAAUAAAAGCAUUAACGCAAUCAAAAAAGGAAUUAAAUUUAUCGGAUGAGGAAAGCGACGAUAGCACUGAGAUAACUGGUAAAAAGACCAAAAUAAAUAGUUUAAGUUCUUUAAAGAAAGCAAAAAGUCAAGAAUCGUUUAAUAAUUCGAGCAAUGUUCGACUAAAUCAUGUCGAAAAAAAUAUUCAACAAUCUUUAAGUAAUACAUCACAUAGAAACUGGUCAUUUGAGCCCCACAAACAUGAUCAAAAUAUUAAAGAGAAUGCUGUCGCAUCUUUAGCUGAAAAUCAUCAGCAGCAAAGUAAUAGCAUUUUGGGUGUGUCAGAUCGUAUAUCAAAAGAAAAACAAAAGUUUUUUCGCUUCUCUGUUUUUAAUAUAGAAAGAAAAUCAAAAUGUGAAAUGAAAAAUUCAAAAAAAUUAUUGAAGCAACGGUUUGAUGAUAAUGCUACAAAUGAGCAAGCUCAAUUGUCAUCUAAAUCAUCUGGCCAAGAUAAAUAUGCAUUCACAUCUAACAGUGACUCGAGCUGUGAUACUAAAAUCAAACGUAAUAAGAUUAAAAACAAUAGUAAUAAUAGUAAUAGUAGACAACCCUUAAAAAUCUCAACAUCAAAAAAAAUGCAUAGUAAUACAAAUAAUAAUAAUAAUAAUAAUAAUUUAAAAGGACUUCAAACUCCCCAUAUAUCCUCAGAUGAAGAGUCCCAAUCUUCUUGUUGUUCAAGUGAUAAUGAAUCGUCAAGUGCUUCUUCCUCAUCAAGUGAUUCUUCAUCGGAUAGUGAUGACUCAAGUUUAAAUAAGGAGUUAAAUCCAUCGCCAUUCAUAGGUUCUAAUCAAUCGUUUAAAACCGACACAAUCAGUACGAUGAAUGUUUUUGCAUGUAUCAAUAGUAGAGAGCUUUUAAAUUCUAGUAAGAAAUCAAAUUGUUGGUCAUCAUUGCCAUUUGUGGAGAAUCAAAAAUUGGAUACUCUACAUACAUUGAAAAACACAUCCUCAUCGCGUUUCUUUGGAUUUUCAUCAUCGUCAACAACUAUUGGAAAUGAUAUUUGGGGAUUUGCGGCGGAAGCAAAGAAAACUACUAUAAAAGUUUUUAACACUGGCAGUGAAACAAGAUCUUCGGAAGACACUUAUUCUGACUAUAAAAAUAACAUUGUUAAAACAAAUAGUUCCUCUUCAAAUAUUCAUCCCCAAAACACAUUAUCAGCAGCAUUGCGUAAACGUCUUUUAAGAAAUCCAAAUGAAUAUUUUGUGAAAAGUCGUCGAACGACCACACUGAUGAAUAAUAAUUUUAUUGCUUCAAGUGAUGAAGAAGCAAAUCCUCUGUCUCCAAGUAAACUGUUUAAAAAAGCCGUAACAUACAAAAAAUUUGAUAUUUUAAGUAAUAAAUGUCUUUUAAUGGGUGCUAAUCAUGGACAAAAUGAUGCUAAAAAUUUAAAUACGUCUUAUGAAAUGGACAAUUCCAAUCAAUCGACAAAUAAAUGUUCUCAAUCGCCAUAUAAAUCAGAUAAUAAUCAGUUUGAUUUGGAUAAACCAGCCUUGCCGCCAGGAAUUUCACAAAAAGAUGCAGAUAUCUACAAGGAAGUGCGUGAAAAGGCAGCCAAACAACUUUUGGAGAUAACAAAGCCUAACAUGGCAAGUUCACCUUCAAAACUAAGCCCUGUGUCAUCUCAACAGUUACUCGAGCAAGAACGGUGUCCUGCUGCGAUAGAAUUUGGAAAGUAUGAAAUCGAAACCUGGUAUUCAAGUCCAUUUCCACAAGAGUAUGCUAGAUUGCCGAAAUUGUUCCUUUGUGAGUUUUGUCUAAAAUACACAAAAAGCAAGUCAGUGCUACAAAGACAUUUGAAUAAAUGCAACUGGAGAAAUCCGCCAGGCACAGAAAUUUAUAGAUGUGGUGACUUAUCAGUAUUUGAAGUCGAUGGAAAUGCAAACAAAAUUUAUUGUCAGAAUUUAUGUUUAUUGGCAAAACUGUUUUUAGAUCAUAAGACACUUUAUUAUGAUGUGGAGCCAUUUCUUUUUUACGUUUUGGCAAAGAGCGAUAGAAAAGGAUAUCAUUUGAUUGGAUAUUUUUCAAAAGAGAAACAUUGUCAACAAAAAUAUAAUGUCUCUUGUAUUAUGACAAUGCCAAACUACCAACGACAAGGUUAUGGGCGAUUUUUAAUAGACUUCAGCUAUUUACUUUCUAAAACUGAAGGAGCUCCAGGGACGCCAGAAAAACCACUAUCAGAUUUGGGACGAGUUUCGUAUCACGCAUAUUGGAAAUCAGUUAUUAUUGAAUAUUUGCACAACAAUCGAAUGAAUCCUAUUUCCAUCAAUAAUAUUUCUCUGCAAACUGGUCUACAACAUCAAGAUAUUGCUCAAGCUUUUCAUCUUUUAGGAUUUCUUAAAUACAGGAAAAAUACGGACAAUACAUAUAAUGUAAUGCUAUGUGUAAAUUGGAAGAAAGUUGAUACCUAUAUGGAGAAGAUCAAAUCAUCUAAAAGUAGAAUUUAUAUAGAUCCCGAAUGCUUAAGAUGGACUCCAUUGCUAAUGCAUUAUCAACCUUUACACAGAGAAUCAGACUCGGAAAGUCAGCUUAAUGAUUCACUACCAAACGUUGUUGAACACCCACCUGUAAUCGUUGAGAAGAAACAAUUAUCAGUUGUUGAAGCAUUACAAAGUUCGAAAAUAAGCGAAAUAAGAACCAUCAAACGUCGCCGUAAGAAUACAGCAUCUUUAAAACAGGCUAUUCUUAAUGAACAACUAAACGAAAUAAGAAAUUCUGCAAAAGAAAAGGAACAGGAACAACCUUUGAAUGAAAGUAUUAAUAAAAUUGAAGAAGAUGUUUCUAUGAAUGAUAGCUGUAUUGAAACUCCUGUAAUACAAACUCCAAAUGUAGAAUUAUCAAGAACAAGACGAAAAACACAGGGCAUUAAAAAUAAUGAAAUGUUUAUAACCACAACUACACAACAACUUGAAACUCCUAAACGUGGAAGAAAACGGAAAAAUUUGGAAACAGAAAGUGAUUUAAAAGAAACAUUGUUUAAAGAUGAAGAUGACAAAGAAGUAUCAAAAAUUGUAACCCGCAAGAGCUUAAAUAAAUCUUAUGAUUCUUUAGAUUAUGAAAAACAAUCAUGUAAAGUAAGCACGCCUACAAGGGGUUUAAAUGCAGCUACCAAUUCAAUGCCAAAGGAAGAUGAAAACGACAACAGUCAUAAUUUAAGAAGUAAUAUUCACAGUAAAGACAAACAGAUAACUAGGGAGGAAGUCAAAACUCCAGUCCCUAGUAUGCUUGAAAUUUUAAGACAGAAAACUGAUCAAAUUUCAAAAGCUAACAACUCAAUUGAAGAACCAAAACAUAAAAGAAGAAAACGUCAACAAAGUGAGAUUUCUCAAAAUGUGUCAAACAAAAUUACAAAUGAUAAGACGACCUCACAAAACAAGAAACAACAGACUUUGGAUGAAAUGUUUGGAACAGCAAAAACAAAAAUUACAACAGCUCCCAAACGAAUUGAAGAAGUAGAAGAAAAAGAAGUAUCUGGAAAAAUUUUGAAUACAGAAAAAACUAAUAAUCUAAAACAACCUACUAAUGAUGAGCAUAUAACAUCUUUUCCGAUGAGGCACAAACAAUUGGAUCUCAGUGAAUCAUCCGACAAUUCUUGUAUGGAAACGAAUGAUGAAGUUGAAAGAGAAAAAAUCAAAAAUAUAAGUUUACCUCCCAAAAAGGAUGAAUAUAUAAAAUCUCGAUUCUUAAAAACUAAAUUCAAAAGAGCAUCUAGUGAUACAAUUAAAUCUGCGCCAGAAAUUCCAAGCACGAGUGAAAAUAGCAAGGAUUUUAUAUCAAAAAAAUUGCGGGCCCAAUCAACUAGAACAUCCAGUGUUGAUUCAUUAUCCAUGAAGGAAAAGAAAAGACUUUCAAUAGAGGAACAACUCCGUAAAGAAAAUGCUAUAAUGGGCUGUGCGGUAAAGAUAGAAAAAUUACCAAUUGACUUUAGUAAAGAAUUAGAACUAGUGGAGAACCAAAAAGGUUUUACCAAAUCUUCUCAACCUGCGGAUGAUUUAGUUCAAAAAAAUUACGAAAAAGAAAUAGAGAACCCAAGCUUGAUGGACAACGAAAAACACAGUGAACAGAAUACAGACAAAGAAAAAGAGAAAGAAAAGUCAGUGACUUCUGCAGCCCCUAUUUUCCAAGCGAAUUUGAAAGAAAUUCAAGCUCCAAUACCAAAAGUUGAAACUCCACCAAAAGAAGUCAAAAACUACCAAGAAGCUAAGAUUUCAUCUAAAAAACAUAUUUUAUUAGAAAGUGCGAAUACUAAUAAGAAUAAGAAUGCUUCUAUAAAAUCUUCAACAGUAACGCCAGAAAAGGAAAAACCAGUUCUUUUAGAAGAAGUGAUACAUAAAGAGGUUGCAAAGCCAUCUUUAGAGCUAUCUGAAAACAAGGACGAAGAGGAAAAGGAAAAACAAGAGGAUUCGAAGAAAUCAUUGGAAGUUGAAAAGAAAAAUUUAUUAGAAGAAAAGGAACAACAAGUUUUGGAAAAACAACAAGUGGUUGAGAAGCAAUUGCCACCUGUUGCACCCGUUAAAAAACAAAUCAAACAAAAAUUAAUAGAUGAUCCUAAACCGACAUUAUCAGUUUCUAGUUUGGAUGAAAUAAAAAUUCCAAAUGAAUUGAUUUCAAUAAAACAAGACGUAAAGGAAAAACCCACUGAACCAGAGACUAAGAAAAUCAUGCAUGAAACUUUUCAAGAACAAGUUAUAAAAGUUAAUGAAGUUGUGCGACCUAAUGUAAUAAUCGAUAGUAAACAGAACAAAAAGGAAGCUGAAAAGAUAAUUUCUCCACAAAAAGAAGAUUUGACUACCAUUGUGAAAAGUGUAGAAAAUUCUGAUGAUAUAAAUAUCAAGACAAGUCCUAUUCAACAAAUAGAAACUGGUGUAAUAAAGCGAAACAGUGAAAAGGAAGAAAACAGCUGCAACAAAGAAUCAACUUUUCGAAAUGUCCAAAAAGAAGAAAAUCUGAAAAUUAAUAUGCUUGAAAAAGUUAGUAUAAAAUCAAGUGAAGAGUUUCGAUUAGAAAAUGAAAAUAAACCAUUAGAACCUCCUAAAAAUACAGUAGAAUUUUCUCCGAAAACUUCGAUUAUUAAUACAAAUGAGCCAAUUUUAAAAGAAAUGGAAAUAGAAGAAUUAAAACCAGUUAUACAACCUGAAAAAAUGCUCCCUACUAAUGUAGUAGGUAAAAUUGAAGAACCUUCACAAAAUCGCCCAAUCAUUAGUAAUGCAUCGACUAGUACAACAUGUAGUGUUCCAGCAGUAAAUAGUGCUUCAAAGAAAAAUGAAGCAAUGAUUAAAUCAAAAGAAAAGGUGUCAUCACAACCACAAGUUUCACAAAAUUCAAAAAACUUAUUAAACGAUUCAUCGAAGUUUCAUCUAGAAUCUUCUCAAAAUAAGCCACAAAUGCAACAUACAAAUAUAUCAAAUCAAGCUUCUGUUUUAAAUUCCACAGUACAAAGUGCAAAUAAUUUAAAUGCGCCAACAAAGGCUGAAAAGUCACAGUCAUCUAAGCAUUCUUCAACCAUUGAUAUUAAUAAAAUACAAUAUUCUUCGAUGAAUCAGUUUGCUAAUUAUUCAUCACCUUACUGGCCUCCAAUGGAACCAUCUUUUUAUGGAUAUGCGAAUAUUCCACAUCUGGAUCCUUCAAAUUCGAAAUCUCCAAACAAGUUCCAAAUUGACUUGACAACUAGUAUGGCUUACGCGAAUGCAAAUUUGACACAAAACCUCUAUUCAAAUGCUUUCCAUCCACAACAAUAUCAACAACAUGAGCAAUAUCAGCAACAGCAGCAACAACAAAGUUAUCAGUCUCAUCAUUUGCAAGCAUCUAGUCACAUGUCGCAGCAAAGUUUAUACAAUAAUGCCCAGAAUGCUGCAAACGUAAAUCUUAAAGAAAAAAAGAGUGAAAAGAAGUCUGAUAAACAUAAAUCAAAGUCAAAUGAAGACUCGAAAGCUUCGUUGAAGGAACAAAAUUUCCAGCAACAGAUUCAUUAUGACAUUUGUAGCACAUCAAACAAACAGCAUUCAAAUUAUCCGACAAAUCCAACUCCGAUAACAUCGUCCAAAGCAGUAAAAUCCUCAACAAAUGCCAAUAAUAAAACACAUGAGAAAAUUGUGGAUCACAGUUGUAUGAUAAAUACUGUAAAAAGUAAUUCUCCUCAAAACCAAUGCCACAUGAACAUGCAACAAGCUCAAGCACAACAGCUUAGUCAACAUUUAGCAAAAGGAAAUAGUUUGAAUAGUCAAUUAAUGUCAAUAAAUGUAAAUAAGAAUUACAAUAGUGAUGAUAUGCAGCAUAUUGAGGGAAAUACUGCAGGAAUUGUAUCAACAACAAACUCAAAUGAUAAUAUGCAGUCAUUAGGAGUUUACACUCCGGAUUCGACUACAAAUUCUGUGCACAGCUUACAUCAUUAUGGACAAUGUGAUUUGGAUGUCAAUCAAUUAGAAUUAGAAUCUCCUGCAAGUAUUUCAAGUGAUAUGGCAUCACAAAAUUCAGUUGAAAGUAUUCGACCACCAAGCGUCCUUUCUCAGCAAAUGCAACCACAAUAUAGUGAUUGCUCGAUGCAGCAGCAAAAUCAAAAUACAUUGCCAUCUCAUAUGAACAUAACAAACUCCGCUACAGCGAGUAGUCCUCAACAAACGUUACCUAACAAUCCAGUAAGUCAACAAGGAUUGCAAAAUGGAUCGAAUAACAGGAAAAUCAAUCAGAUGAGUCAAUCACGUAAUGCUAAUAAUGGAGCAAAUACAAAUACCAAUAAUAGCUCUUCAAAUAGUACUAACAGUAACAGCUCAGCAAAUGCAAGAGCUUCAACGCCUAAAAUUUCACGGAAUACAGCAACUCCAGGCAUACAACAACAAAGACAACGUGCAACUCCACCAAUUCAUGUAAAUCAACCAAUGAUUAGUCCCAUACAGCAUAAUUUGAAUCAACAACAACUUCAACAUAUUCAGAUGCAACAAGCUUAUCACCAAGGAAUGCAUCAAUCUGGUUAUUUAACACAACAAAUGAAUUCAUCGGGCAUCAGUAAUGGAAAUUAUAUUCAGGCUCAAUCACCGAAUUAUGGAAACAGUCAGUCAGUUAUCGCCCAACAUCGUUCAAUGCCUUCACAUUCGAACAUGAUACAUAAUUCACUGUCAAGUCCACAACAAAGAUUAGGGCCAUCACCAUCUGCAUCAUCAUGCGCAGUUUCGUCGUCAAAUUUUUAUGCACAAAUCCCUCAAACAUCAUCGAAUGCACAAAGUAAUCCUGCAUCUGUAACACCGCAACCGCAAAUGGAUCAGCAAUCAUGUCAACAACAAAAUCAAUUAAAUAUGGGAAAUGUUUCAAGUUUAACAAAACUUCAACAGCUCGCGAGUUUAGAUUCUCAGCAACAAGCAUGUAAUACACCACCAAGCGUCGUGCUUUGUAACACUCCGCCACCACACGUAUCAACAUCACAUUUAUUGAAUCAAAAUAGAAGUAUUUCUACACCUCCUCAAACAAUUGGAAGUUCUCAAAUGGCAUUACAAUAUAAAUUUUACAAUAUGAAUGUUCCACCAUCAAUUGGUCAGAACACGGGACGAAAUGCAAGAACUCCUGCACCACCAUCAGUUCAACAUCAUCACAUGUCAGCUGGAGCUAGUCGAGUAAGUCCAAACGUUACAGCAAUGAUGCAAUAUGGUUACAGAAUGUCGGGUCAGCAAACAUCUGGUUAUAUUACGAAUCCAAGUUUCAUAAAUAACGCUUCAGGUCAGAUUCCCGUGAUGCAAUCGCAUAGCUACCAAGACCCUGCAGCCAUUCAAAGGGCUCAACAAAAUACGAUGUAUUAUAAUCCAUACACAUUACCUCUAAACGGCACUUCAAUGAGAAGAUAGGAUAGAGGGGCUACUUAAAACAUGUUUAGCAUAAACAAAAAAAUAAUACACAAGUGUCCUUUUACUAUCAAACUUAUAAUUUUUAUUAUUAUCAUUUCUUUUACGUAUUCCAUUUUUCAUAAAAUUAACUGUAAGCAUAUUUUCCAAAGCAUAAAUGCAUUAUUUGAAGAUAACUUUCUCUUGAAAUCUGUAGCCAUAUCAAAAGAUUACGUUUACUUUCACAUAGUUUUUUACAACAAGUCUGUCACACUUAUAUUAUUUAAAUAUCUUGAACAAGCAUACCUAAUCCAUGAAACGAACUUAAGAUAGUAUAAUUUGAGGAAAAUGUGCUGAUUAUUAUAGCAAUGAUUUUUUAAGUAAACGUUUAAGCACUCUUUAUUGACCUGAAAAUUAGUUUAUCACAUUAUUUUAUAAAUUGACGAUUUUUAAUCAAGGAAAAAUGUUGAAAAUGAUGAAUUUAUGAUAAUGAUUAAAGUAUGAAUGGAGCAUAAUAAUUGUCACAUGAAUGUAUUUUCAAACCUUGUAACUCUGAUUUUAUCUGAAACAUAAAAGAAAAUUAUAAAGUUACGAUAAAGCUCUAGAGGAAUCAUGCGAAUCGAAAAUUUAUUAAUAUUCUACCAUCAGUUCUGCAAUUUCUCCUCUAUUCUUCUUGUCUUUUUUUAAAUGAAAUAAUACGCUUUUCCUGUUUUCUACACUAAUUUGUUUUUUGAUUUUGAUUUUUUAAAAAAGAAACUAGUAUUAAGUUUUGUUAAUUGUAUUCUUUUUCUUUAUAAAUGAGUUCAAAAUAUUUAAAAAUUAAUGGAAGCAUUAGUUUUGUUAUAACAAUAUUUAUUAUUUCAUUAGGGGUCUUCUUUAUUAGUAGGUAAUUUAUUAACAUAAAAUAAUUUAAACAAACAAACUGUAAAUAAAAGAUGAUAAAUCCUAAACCACAUAAUUAAUUAAA